GAGGGGAGGUGAAAACGCACACACGACCGAGCUCGUCUCGCGUAGAAAAAAAAAAAAAAAAACGUAUCUCUCCGCGUUCUGGGGGGAUCGAAUUUUUUCGACCGCGACACCACACGACCACAUCGCCGCCGCCACCACUAGUUGAUUCACGUUUUUCGUACCGGACGAGCGCGCGAGCCCGAACCCACCACCGACCGUAACCGACGCUGCCCGGCCACCGCCACCGCCACCGCCGCCGCCGCCGCAGUCUGUAGGGUCAAAAUAAUCGCAUCCCAUAUCGCCCGAGCGCGUGUGUUCGUCCGUCCGUCCGUCCGUCCGCGUCUGUCUCGCGUCACACGCGCCCGCGCUACAACGUACGCCCAUACCGUACGCCGCCGUCGACGUCGCCGCACGCCGCGCACACAAGGUGCCAGCGUUUUCGCGGUCAGUCGCAAAAUAUUAUUAUAAAUUAUAAUACCUACCAUUGUCGCAAGUUCGCCCCAGUGGACUGUAGAGGAAGACGAAGAAUUUGGAUUUGUCUGCAGGUGGAUACCUGGUACUGGGAAAAUAUUAUAUUUCCGGAAGAAAUGCAGUUAUGAUCCCACAAGCCAUGAAAGCACUUAUGGUCCUGUGUGCCUUGUUUAUUGCAAGUGCAUCCGCUACAACAUGUCCCCAUCCGUGCAAAUGUUUCACCACCGAGAAUGGAAUACAAGUAGCUAAUUGUACUAACUUACCGGAUCAAAUGACGACCGCAUGGCCACAAAAAAUUCUUCGAAUUCACUUUGAAACAGACCGAGGGACAACGGUUAUGUUGAAAAACAAGGCGUUCAAACACUUUCCACGACUUACAUAUCUAGAUAUAACUGGAGGAACAAUACAUUAUGUAGGAAAUUUGGCAUUUGAUGGGUUGCCGGAAUUAGUGGAACUUAAUCUUGUAGGAACAGGUAUAAGAAAAUUACACCGAAAUACAUUCACAAGCAACCGGAAACUGGCAUUCUUGUCCUUGAGUAAAAAUCCUAGACUAUUUGUAGGUCCUUCGUUCCUUGCGUCUGAAUCUAUAACUGAGCUCGACUUAUCAGAAUGCGGUUUGACAACACUGAAAAGUGUAUAUUUUAAAAGUUUACCAAGUUUAAAAUACUUGUUUGCUACGAAAAAUGAUCUCAAAGUACUCGGUACACAAUUUGGACCUCCCGGUGUUAAGUUUGUAAACCUUGCCCAUAACAAAAUUGAAUACAUCAACGAGGACUUAGAAGCAUAUAAACGUUUGAGAACAAUCGAUCUUACUGGAAAUCCAGUUAAUUGUACGUGUGAACUUUCAGAAAUUGAUAAAAAAUUAUCAUCUAGGGGCGUGGCAUUCGGAAAUUCGAUAAUGUGUAAUAAUACAGGAAAACCAUUGGGUGAUAUGUUAGAAGUAUGUUCAGACAAAGAAAUGAUGGGUGAUGAUCCUAUGGAUAUGUACCAGGAAGAUCAUUUAUUAAAAAUUGAUAAAAGUACUAUACACUCUAUGGAAGAACUUGACGAAUCUGGUUCGGGUUCAGGUAGUGGUGAUGGUGAAAUAAUUACCAUGAUAGACAUUAAAUCUACAUCACAGACUGAAAUUAAAGACGUACACAAUGAUACACAAAUUAAUGAAGUCAAAAACAAUACACAAAUUGAAGAAGUAUUAACCAAAACUCAUGUCAAUGAAACAUUUAUAGUUCCUAAAAUUGAAACGACUUCGAUAGAACCAAUUACCACCGUGUACGUAUCGUCUAAAGAUGUGACGGAGGAAACUACUAUACUCCCAUCUGAGGAAGUUAUGGUUCAUGUUCAGCCUACGAUUCAUCCUUCUGAUAGUAACUCCUCUACAAUGCGAUCUAGCAUGGACCGCGGAAUUGUUUCUCAGACAAUACAAGCGCCAGAAGACGAAGAAAACGUCCAAAACAAGGUAGCCGAGUUCCUAAAGUCUAAUGUGGGAAUAACUGGAACAGCGGCCAUAUUGGCAAUAGUCAUUAUAGCUAUUGUGUACAAAGCCGUAUGUUUGGGAAAAUCACGAAGUCACAGUAUUGUGGCCUGCAAUGAUAAAUCAGUCGAGCUCAAAGAUAUAAAAUACGAAGCAGCAAACACGGAGGACACGCACAACCAUCGUGAUGAUUCACCGGCUAGCUCGGUGGAAGAAAACCUACUGGGAGACCACGAUAGCGAUGACGAAGAUGACAGUAACGGAUAUAAUGAAGACGACAUGUCUUCAACGCUGGCAAUGAACGGUCAUGCUCAAAACGGUUUGUUGAACAGCGUUAUGGAUGCGGUGAACAAUAAAGAAGAGCCAUCGAAAUCUGCGUCCGACGGCCAAGACGUUCCUACCAAAGUGAUAGUGAAAUUGUGUGAAACUCCAAAAGCAUCCAGGCCAAUAACAAUUAAUAACGUCCAUUAAGUACUCUGCAACAUGAAGUAGCUCCUAUAUUAUUGGACGACAUCGAAAAAAACAUAUCCAAAUGUAAAAUUCGUAGCAUAAUGUAUGUUUACCAUUUAAAUGUAUUAACUGUGCACCGUGUAUAAUUUAAGUUUUAACAGACCAUUUUAAAAUAAAUUAUAUUUACACAACAAAGAGUAAAACGAUACAAAUCAAAUAUCUGAUAGUUAACUAUUGUUGGGUUUAACGGUUAACUUUGUUCCAAGGUGUCGUUUUUGUUGUACAUCGACGAUUCAAUUUACAUUUGUUUCGUUGCCAACUUUGUUUGUACGUCAUUCAGUAAAUCUUAAUAUUUGUGUUUAGUUGUAUAAUAUGAUUAUAUUUUUAUCAUUAAGCAUUUGCCUAGUUAAAAGAUCAUACUAUAUAAUAUCCAUAUGUUUAGAGACUCAAAACAUUGUAAAUGUACAUUUUGCUUAAAUAUUUAAUAUUAUUUUAUUUAUUGUUUUUUCUACUAUUUAUUUUAUAAUGAUCUGUAACUUAUGUUAAAUUUUAAUGUAAAUUGUUUUUAAUGUAGGUUUAUAAACUACGAUUAUUUGUUUUUUUUUUUUUUUUUGUAAAUAAAUAAUUAUUACAUAAUUUUUACAGGUUUUCAAAUUAAAUUAAUAAUGAAUAAACUAUUUUAAUUUGUUUUAA